AGACAGUGUACUGCAGAAUACAGAAGAUGACAUUUGAAAAGAUGGAAGACUACAGAAACAACAGCGUCUCCCGCCUGGAAGCACUCCCUCUUGUGGGUGUGAUAAAAUUAACCAUGACGUCAGCUGACCGAGAAGAGUGCGUGCGGAGCCGCACGCAGUCACCUUAAGUUCAACUACAACUCCCAAGAAGCCAUCCGACAAAUGCGAACUACAAAAACCAUAAUGCAACCAAAACGCAUGCGCAGCAUCGUCAAAAAUGUUUAACUUGACUACAAAUUGUUCGGAUAAGAACUACAAAGUGUCGCGGGCAUGCGCAGUAUAAGCCCCGAGCCCUUUAAACAUACUGUACGUGCAAAGAUGGCAGCUCAAGUCGACUUGGUCCGUGUGAAAGUGAACGACGAACGGAUAAGGGACAACUAUGACACAUUCAUCAAAGAGAAGAAAAAAAAGAAGAAAAGGGAUUUGUCGCCGUCAGCCGACAAAAGAGAAAGAUUUGAGAAAGAGGUGAAAAAGGUGAAGCUCCAUCAUCAUCAUCACCACCACAACCACCAGCAGCAGCACGCCGAGAACCGGAGCCACCAACCGCAUCAGCUGCAGCAGAACCCCAAAGCCCAGAACUUCAGCCCGGAUAAACACGUUCUCCACAUCCACCACCACCAUUACCUCCACGGCCACCACCAUCACGCUCUCACCAACGGUACCAAGAAGAGCCCACAGCCCGCUUUCCCAGCUCAGAAGCGAGCCGUCCCCCCUCAGCCACCUGCGCUCUUCACUUUCACGCCCCUCAAAGUGGUGAAGGCCCAGCCGCAGGAGCUCAAAGACAAGCACCGGGAGAAGGAGCACAAGCUGAAGCUGAAGAAGGAAAACUCGGAGGCUAACGUGAAGCUUCCUGAACUGAAGAAGAAAAAAGAGUUGAUGCCCAACAAUGAAAAUGGAAAGUCUCUAACACUAAAGGAAUAUCUUCUGAAGAAGAAGAAAAAGAAGAAGAAGCAUCGUGACGAUGAUCAGGGUGCUAAGAAGGUCCGACAUCUGCACACCAAAGCGGUUCAGACUGUAUGUGCUGGGCUUGGGGCUGACCUCACAGUCCCUGUUAACCCUGAAGCUCCGCUGCCCGGCGUGAUAAAGCAAGAAAGCACUCGGCUUCCUGGCAGAGAACCUGCCGACAACUAUCCACCUUACCUCCAAGCACUCAAAAUGGGCCGCACUCCUUUCCUCUCGCAUCAGGACCACUACAUCCGCAGCUCCUGCCUCCAGACCGGUACCAGAUAUGGACGCUAUAUUCAUGUGGAGAAGCAGCCCAACGGAGGCGGAUCUGUGCUGCAUGCUUAUGCGGACGAGUUGGCAUGCCUCAGUCCAGCUGAGAUGGAAGAAUUCGCCCGGGAGUUCCUGGAGCUGACCUUUGGUGAGAAGCCCAAAGGUGCAGCGGUCUACGCCUUGACCGUGAUCCACGGCGCGGCUUCGUACCUGCCUGAUUUCUUGGACUACUUUGCCUUCAACUUCCCCAACACACCUGUCAAAAUGGAAAUACUGGGCAAGAAAGACAUUGAGACCACCACAAUAAGCAACUUCCAUUCUCAGGUGAGCCGGACGUAUUGUUCUGGAACGUACCGAGCCGGACCCAUGAGGCAGAUCAGCCUGGUCGGUGCCGUGGACGAAGAAGUUGGAGAUUAUUUCCCAGAGUUCUUGGACAUGCUGGAGGAGUCGCCUUUUCUCAAGAUGACCCUGCCUUGGGGAACCCUCUCCAGUCUGAAGCUGGACUGUCGCUCUCAGAGUGACGACGGACCCAUCAUGUGGGUCCGACCGGGAGAGCAAAUGGUUCCAACGGCUGAUAUGCCCAAAUCUCCAUUUAAGCGUCGCAGAUCUAUGAAUGAAAUCAAAAACCUGCACUACCUACCGAGGGCCAGUGAACCCAGAGAGGUUCUGUUUGAAGACCGGACUAAGGCCCAUGCUGAUCAUGUAGGUCAGAGUUUCGACUGGCAGAGCACAGCUGCGGUGGGGGUCCUGAAGGCUGUGCACUUUGGAGAAGGGGAUAACCGCCCUCGGAUUACCAAGGAUGUGGUGUGUUUUGAUGCUGGGGACUUUAACGAGGUUGUCCAGAGGCUGCAGCUGGAUCUUUAUGAGCCCCCAGUUUCUCAGUGUGUCCAGUGGGUGGAUGACGCCAAGCUGAAUCAGCUGAGGAGGGAAGGAAUCCGCUACAUCUGUGCUCAGCUCUGCGACGACGACAUUUACUUCAUCCCCAGGAAUGUCAUCCACCAGUUCAAGACGGUGUCAGCCGUCUGCAGCCUGGCCUGGCACAUCCGCCUCAAACAGUACCACUCUGCUGAAGACACGGAUGCCACGGAGGAGCAACAGCAGCCCAAAGAUCUCAGCCCCACAUCAGGCCGAGUCUCCUUUUCCUCCCCUGCCAGACCGGACUCCACCCUCACCCCUUGUUCACGACGCCAGCCGGACAGCAUCCACGGCGGGGUGGCCAAAACCGAGGAGCCCGAGUUCCAGAGGCCGGCCACGCCAUCGAAGGAUCCUCAGCCUGCCCCUCCUCAGCCCACCAAAUCCACUCACCUCCCCCACCUUUACCCCACCUCGGUCCACUCUGGCUGCACACCCUCGAAGGAGCCCUCGCUGCCAAAGGCUAACGGCCACACCACGGCGAUCCCUAAAUGAUCCCAGUCAGCCCUUCUUUCUUCCAGCUAUUGCAGGAAGUAUUUAAAAUUUUUGACUAAAUUUGACAUCUGAGUCAAUCAGGAAGCUUUUAAAUUAUUAUUCUUUUUUAUCUCAUAAUAAUGGUGUGUUUUUGUCUUCUUUUUUUAACCUACUGUAAUGUUAUUGUUUAAUGGGACAGAAUAAUAUAUAUAUUUAGUUAUCGGAUGUAAAGAAUCUUAUUAUUUUUAAACUGAUAUUGUAAAUUGCCACACGUGAAAGAAGCUUUUCAUUUUAUUUUAUGGAGAAGUUGUUUCUCAAAAACUAAUUCAUCCAUUAACCUGGUGUGCUUGGUCAUUGAACCCAGAAUUUGUAGCAGGACUGGCCACAAGCUAGCCUAACCCUGGCCACACUGAGCAGGCAUUACACAAAGUAACUUCUUACAACACCAAGCACAUACCAAGCAGCUAUGUGCUUGGUAUUCUGACACCACUCUAUCUUCAACAAAAAAAAUGGAUCUUACCAGAGGCAACUUAUACCAUGUUCUGCACACUAAAACCUAAAACUAUGGCAUGAUUAGUCUCUAUCCUGUAAAGAUUAGUAUGAGCAAAACUGCCAAUGAAGCUGCAAAGAAGUGCCCACACCUCCAAAUUGCACAUGUUGACUUGUUGCUAAGCACCUGAGGGAAGAUUAAGGUUUUCUGUUGUCUGCAGUUCAAUAUGUUUGGGAAAAUUGUUUUGAGAGAAGAGGAAGCACGAAUAGUGUCUCAUUAAUUUCAUCAAUUAAUUUCUUUGUUGCGACAAAAAAAAGAAGGAAGUGUUUUCCGAGGUAUGAUCCUUCACAGCAGUGCUGUACAUGGUAGAGGACAUCCAGGAUUCUCAAGUUUAAAAUGAAGUUCCACAUUUUCUGAUUUGAUACUUGUGGGUGAGUAUCCAGUUUGCAGUAGGGUGACAUUUGUCUUUAAACUGAAAUGACCUUUUCUGAGAUCCCGAAGGCCGUCUGAAGCCGCUAUAAAGUGGACUAAUUUCCCCUUUAAAAGCAUCAUGCAAUUAUGUUAGUAAACUUAAGGCACUUAAAUCUUUUUUGCCAGCUAUGAGUUUGUAUUUAUAAAGUCAUAAUUCAAACAUUGUUUUAUAUGUGAACUCGUUUACUUGUUUAUAUCUUUUUUUAAAAAUAUGUAUUUUCUGCAGAUUCUGAUUUCUGAUCUGGUAUCUCAAGCAUCUUUUAAUCACAAAGGAACUGCAAAAGUUGCACUUAGCAAUAAUAGUCAGUCAUUUUUCAUGUUUAGAAUGAAAAUGGAGUGUAAUAUGUUGUUGUGAUAGCUGAGAUUAUGUGAAUGUUGUAAUGGUUUUAUUGUUUUUUUAAUAAAAUCCUUCGUAAGGUGAUGACUUUAGGUAGUUUUAGAAAGAAUGUGUAGGAUGAAGGCUAGAAAUUAUGUUCCAAAGUGUCCAGACAUUGGAUUGAGAUUGAGGCCUUUAGUUUCUUGUUUUCAGAAUGAUGUUUAGAAGGAAGAAAGUGACGUCGUGCUACUUAGUGCCUUUUGCAUCAAUAGCUGAACUUAACACUGAAGGCUUCUAUUUUUUUGACGACUAAAAUGGGAAAUAAGUACCUGGUAGCAAAUACUUUACACAUAAUAGUUUGGCUUUCCUAAAUCACAGAAUGGAUUGUUUGCUAUGUUAUUAUGGCCUCCAUAUAGUCUUGACUUUUUGUAGCUCAUCUUUCUUGAAGAUUUUUAGAUUUAGUUUUUUUUCCCCUAACUUGUUGGCAUCUUAAAUUACAGACAGAAAGAUACAGGAUGUAUACAUUGUUUGCCAUUGUAAAAUAAUCCAAUUAUGCUUAAAUAGGAAAAACACAAUUGGAAUGCAAAGAGAUAUUUUUUAAUAAAUAAAUGUGCAGUUGCAGCAUAUCCAUAUGCAUGGCAUUCAAUAUUUAUCAGGAUAAACGUUUUAUCAUAUCGCUUUUAAAUAAUAUAGCAAAGAAGCACUGAACGAUGAGAAGUCUGCUCUGUUUGAAAGACAAAGUGCAGCUCUCAUAAGGAUUCGUUAUACCCGUUUUCUUGUUUCACACUGAAAGCAUACAUGCGAUCACAAUCAUCACACACAUGGACAUUUAAAUUUAGUCCCAUCACAUAAUGCAACAGCUUUGCCUUGAGCACAAAAUUUAACUUAAACCUAUGGAAACUCACUCCAAGCGGUUUCUCAUAUGCGAAUAUUUAAAGUCCCACUUGAGUCGAUGUUGCUUUUUGUUUUAUAGAAGGCACUGUUCAGUAGUUAAAAAUUUGCUUUACUUUAUAAAUUGCAUAAAGACUGGGCCCUUCCUGUGUGUUUUCUGAUGGAAUGUGCUGCUGCACAGAACCUCCUCUUUCGGCUUUUCUUUGCUCUUCUUCUGCUGUGUCGGAUGUUUUCUUGACAAAUUUGUAAUAAACCUGCUUCUGUCCCAAAGUCACUGAGUAGUGCAGUGUAUCAUUUUGUCUCUUCAGAUCCAGGUCUCCGGAUAGCUCCGAGGACCUUUUGGCUUUCCAAAACGGUU